AUAUUCUGAACCAAUGGACUGCAGACACCAUACAGGGGAUGACCAGAGACUGCGGACAUAGGACAGGAGAUGACCAGAGACUGCGUAGUCUCUGAUCAUCUCCUGUACUGUGUUCGCAGUCUCUGGUCAUCUCCUGUACUGUGUUCGCAGUCUCUGAUCAUCUCCUGUACUGUCCGCAGGCUCUGGUCAUCCCCUAUACUGUCUGCAGUCUCUGGUCAUCCCCUGUACUGUCUGCAGUCUCUGGUCAUCCCCUGUACUGCGUCCGCAGUCUCUGGUCAUCUCCUGUACUGCGUCCGCAGUCUCUGGUCAUCUCCUGUACUGCGUCCGCAGUCUCUGGUCAUCCUCUGUACUACAUCCGCAGUCUCUGGUCAUCUCCUGUACUGUGUCCGCAGUCUCUGGUCAUCUUCUGUACUGUGUCCGCAGUCUCUGUACUAUGUCUGCAGUCCAUUGGUUCAGAAUAUUUUUUUAUUGUUUUUCUCCUCUAAAACCUAGGCGCGUCUUAUG